UAAAUAUCUCUCUCAGCUGCCAGUCGCGAGUGAACCGCCUUUGCUGAUAGACGACACUUAAUUAUACUGCUCAUCAAGAUGAUUCUGUUUAUACUUCUUCUGUUGGUGGUUUAUCUUGUGUACAAGAUUCGAGAGUUGGACACGAAAAAUUUGGAUUACUUCGAAGUUCGAGGAGUGAAAAACAUCAAAAGAACCUCCUUUGUUCUGGGUUUGCUUAAGAUAUUCAGACAGAAGGUUUCAAUGGUAGACAUAGUGAAUGACAUAUACAAUCAACAUCCCAAUGAAAAAAUUAUUGGGUACUGGGAUGUUACUCAACCUUCCAUCAUGAUUAAAGAUCCUGAUCUCGUCAAGGUUAUUGCUGUUAAGGAGUUCGAUCACUUUCAAGACCAUAAAAGUGUGAUCACCGAAGAGAUAGACGUGUUGUUUGGAAAUUCAUUGAUUUCACUUAAGGGUCAGAAGUGGAGAGACAUGCGUUCCACUCUCAGCCCUGCUUUCACGGGCAGCAAAAUGCGCCUCAUGUCCGAUCUCGUUGUGGAAAUCUGUGAGCAAAUGGUGGAAUUCCUUAAGGAAGAAGCAAAAGCCAAAGGACCACAAACUCACGAAAUGAAGGACCUUUUCUCGCGUUUGGCAAAUGAUGUGAUCGCCACUUCUGCAUUCGGUGUUAAAGUGGAUUCCUUAAAAAAUCGAGAGAAUGAAUUUUACGAAUCUGCCAAAGAACUGUCGAACUUUUUAUCACCCAAAAAGACUUUUAAAAUGAUAUUGUAUCGAAUGUUUCCGCGACUUAUGAAGCUUUUUAAAGUUCAAGUAAACGGCCCACGUGAGACUGCUUUUCUGCGCACUUUAGUAACGGAAUCAAUGAAGAUAAGAGAGCAGAAGAAUAUCGUGAGGCCUGAUAUGAUCAACCUCUUGAUGGAGGCGAAAAAAGGCAAACUUACACACGCCGAGAAGUCAGAUAAGGAUUCGGCCGGAUUUGCCACCGUCGAAGAGUCGAACGUGGGCUUGAAGACAGUCAGAAGAGAAUGGUCAGAUAACGAGAUCCUCGCGCAAUGCUUCCUUUUCCUUCUCGCAGGAUUCGAGACGACUUCUUCAGUGUUGAGCUUCACAGCUUACGAAAUCGCGGUUAAUCCCGAUGUCCAGGAAAAACUGUUUGAAGAGAUCAAGGAAAUUGCUGAAGAGUUGCAAGGAAAGAAGCUUUCCUAUGACAUCUUGCAGAAGAUGAAGUAUAUGGACAUGGUCAUCUCCGAAUCGAUGAGGAAGUGGCCAGCAGGUGCUAUUGCAGAACGAAUAUGUAACAAGGAAUUUAAGCUUGAAUAUGACAAAGGACGGUUUUUUGACAUGCCUGUUGACCUUAAUAUUUGGAUUCCAAUCAUCGGUUUUCACAGGGACCCUAAAUUUUUCCCAAAUCCUGAGAAAUUCGAUCCUGAGCGCUUCAGUGAUGAGAACAAGUCUUCAAUAAAUCCAAAUGCUUAUAUUCCAUUUGGUGCAGGCCCCAGAAAUUGUAUAGGAUCAAGAUUUGCUCUGAUGGAAUUGAAAGCUACUUUUUUCUACCUCAUCUUAAAUUUCACUCUGGAAGUCACAGAAAAGACUCAAAUUCCUCUUCAAUUAGCCAAGACAUUUGCAAAUCUUCAGGCUGAAAAAGGAAUUCACCUCAAGUUACGUCCUAGAUUGUAAUUUUUGCCUAAAAAAUAACGCAAUAAGCAGUUUCAUCUCGUAAUAUCAAAAUUGCACCACAAACAAUCUUUUGCAGAAAGUUUGCGAGUAUUUGAUGAAAUUCACACUGCGAAUCAGCUGAAAGUGUUUAUCUUAUCCGUUGUACACACAUCCACACAAUUUAAAUGAAUGAAACACAACAAAUGGAAAUGUUUUUAUUCUGUUCUUUUAUGUGUUGGUAUUAAUAAAAAAUGGACAACAUUAUGUUAUUGUCGUAGCGGUGA